AUGAAGACGAAAAAAUUGCGGUUGAAGGAUGCGGUGGCGGCGCUCGAGCGAGACGUGCGGCGCGCUGAAUCGUCCGAGGCACUCGGCGCGGGCUCGUACGGGAAAGUUUGGAAGGCGAGAGAUUCAAAAACGGGUGCUGAGGUGGCGGUGAAGAUCGAACCGGUCGAUGAUAGUGCGAACGGUGUGGCGAGUGCGCUUGGGCGAGAGUUUGAGUUGAUGCGUCGAGUCAAAGCUUCCGAUCCGCGAUGUUUUCCCACGCCGUUGUUUUUCGGGGAACAAAGCGUCAUGGGCAAACGUUCGCGAGUGUUGGUCAUGGAUUUGCUCGGCUCUAGUUUAGAAGACAUCUCACAAAGCGUGAUGCUUGGCACUGGAUUUACGCGAGUGACGACGGCGCGGAUCGCGAAGCGGCUGUUUACGGCGCUCGAAGCGAUGCAGCGAGUCAGCGUCGUUCACGGCGACAUCAAGCCGGACAACUUGUGCACAGAAGUCCAAGCGAACGACGGCAAGAAAAGGAAUGGAAUUCUCCUCGUCGACUUUGGAGAAGCCGUGAUUUUCGACGACCCAUCGUACUCGCCGCGCAUUCAUGAGGAAGUCCCUCGGCAUCUUUGGCGCGGCACGUGGCUCUUCAGCAGCGCCAACGUCGACGGCGGCUCUGCUCUCGCCCCUCGUGACGAUUUGGAGAGCGCCAUCUUCACCCUCGCCUACCUGCGCACUGGUCGUUUACCAUGGACCCACGUCAUCGAUGAUUUCGGCGACACCGAGCUCGACGUGCGAGUUUUAGCUCCAAUCAAGCGCGCCGUCGAUUCCGGCGCCGCGUUGCUCUCGCCUCGCGGCGCCGAAGCCCCGGCGCCCGAAUGCGACGACGCCGACGUCGUCUUCUUCCACCGCGUACUCACCCACGCUCGCGGUUUAGCCAUAGAAGAUCUUCCCGAUUACCAGUUUUUGCAGCGAUGCGUCCAGGAUUGGCGGGACGCUUUGGACGCGCCGUACGACUGGCAACGGCGCUGA